AUUGUUAUCGAAAGGUGUUGUGUCUGGUUUUUGAUUAAGUCCAACAUCUCCUUACUUAAUUUUUUACAAUUCUAAUAUUUCUCGAACAAGUUCUCCUAUGAAUGGAAGUGAUCAGCAAGGGAAAAGGCAAAAGCUCCUCCGGGAAUUUGAUCAUCAAGACAUGGCAGCGAUGCAAAUCGUUCGGCCGUAUCCCGAAGAGUUCCUCACGGGGAACUGAACUUGUUCUGACUAAGAAGAGCAAAUCAUGGCCACGGAUGAAGGAUGCAUCUGGGGUUUCGGCUUCAGACAAUCAUGAUCGGAAACAUCGUAGGAAGCGUCGAGCGGUUAGUGAAAAAGGCUGCUUUUCGGUCUAUGUGGGACCGAACAAACAGAGGUUUGUGAUGAAAACAGAGAAUGCGAACCAUCCCCUGUUCAAGGUACUGCUGGAAGAAGCUGAAUCGGAAUACGGGUUCAACAGCGAAGGACCUCUGGUGCUGCCAUGCAACGUGGAUUUGUUUUGUAAGGUGUUGUUGGCGAUCGACGAUGGCGGCGCCGAUGACGCCCCGCGGAAAUUGGGAUGCGGGUUUGCCAAAGGGUACGGUGGUUAUCGCCUCCGCAGCCUCCUCCGAUGAUCGCCAUAAAUCAGUUCUAAUAAAUUUGCUCCUAAUCUUGUAACUAGUUCGGAUUCAUGUAUGGAGUGUGUUUGGUACUUCUGUUGGAUUAAAUCCAUCAUUCCCAA